GAAGAAGGCCUCCCUUGGUGGACGAGGGCCAGAGAGGGAGGAGGAAGAAACGGAAGGCCUCGUUCUUUUUGUGCAGAAGUACCGAAGGCCUACAUGCCAAUGUGGGUGCAACAGGUCGCCGAUUUAUUCUGGUCUUUCUUGACCUGGCUCCUCUCGAAUCUCUCCGGCUAUCAGCAGUUUAAAGAGGGCCAUGAAACAGAAUCGGGAAUGGAUAUCCUCGAAGAGUGGUCGCCGCAGAAUUUCGAAGAACCCGUGGACGACACUCCACCGCCAUCGCCGUUGUUGGCGUUCCCAGAGACGAACGUCGCACCUCCUUCGCCCACUUCCGAUAAAGACCCCCACUGCUACCCUGAACUGACCUGCAAGGACUCCGAACUAGUCGAACCCAACCUUAGUGACACCAAGGACCCAGAAACGCUGCAGGAAUCGACCACGGACAUCAAAUUCGACGCAGAAGGGACUCACAAGGCAGCGAAACAGAGCCUACAGGUCGCAGUGCGCACUGCGCAGGAUCGCACUGGCGGCAGCGAUACGAACUCGCUGGACCAGGUUAGGUCCCAUCACACCGAAGCCCUUUUGGACGAUACUGCAGUUGAGCCAAGUGGGACGCCUCGAAGCGCUAGGCGAUCGGGACAGGUCCAGUCCUGGGAGAGCUUGACGUCGUUGCAGAAGUCGCACGGCCUGGUGCAACACUGUGUGACGGGGUUGACGCGACGCGUGGCAACGGGUUCAGGCGAACCUGCGUAAGGGACGAACGAGCAGACCGGCCCCCAUAGUGUAUAGAUAUAGUAGAAUUUUAGGGAUUAGGUUUCCUCUCAUUGCCCUACCGUACGUGCGAUUCUUACUGUAUAGUGCGCAGUUGAAGGCUAUAGUUUCUAGGAACUUCGAUUGACCUGAAAAGUGUAGAAAGCACCAUUCUGUCCGUAUUCGCAAUUUCGCUUAUAUUUUGUUCGACUGUUGGAUAAGGUAUGUUUAGGUGCUUUUGUGGAUUAAGCGUGUGUAUCGAAAGAAUGAUGACGAGGAACUGGCUGAACUGACAGAGUGAUGACGCAUGCUUGCACAGGCCAUCCCGCGAACACGACGGGAUGAACAGUUUCACUUAAACUUGCGAUACUACAUGGGAAAAUUGAUAGCUGACACUUUGCGGUUGUAGUGUCGUUAAGAAAGUAAGAGUAAACAAAAAAUUUCAA